AUUGUGAGCUGCACAUUAUGGGAUGCAAGCAACAAUAAUAAUUCAAUGGCCUGACACUUAAUAAUUUACAAUUUCUUAUUUAUUAACUUAGUUGGCAAUUUGUACAGCUACAUUACUAUUUAUUCCAUUCAACAAAAACGUAUUUUGCGCUGUUAUAUAUGCCAUCAUGUGCAACGCUGCUGUUCCUUUUCAGUAGCCAUUAAACGCGACAUUGUAGCAAUUUACUAGCAACAUUCCAUUGAUAUUUUGUUGCUGAUCGUCACUAUCUAGUAUUCUUUCCCUGUGCAGCUUCCCAGACGCGUCUACUAUAACAUUUUCAAAAGCGUUCGCAGGACAUUUGUGUGCAGGGGGAAUUCUAGCUUUUUUUCGGCAUGAGACUGUUAUUCAAAUACAGGUAAACUAUAUGCACGCGAGAUUACAUGUAUACACAGCUUGAAAUAGAUAAUGUUGUACAUUUAUUAAACACCAUAUGGGGCUAUGUAUCGGUAGGAGCCGCCUGGCUAGCUAGCUAGUCCUGAUGAGCCAUGCAUAGGGUAGGAAGAGAUGCUAUCAGCGUUAGCUAAUAACUAGCCUACAUAAAACGUUACCUGUUACAUGUACGACAUAAGCUGUUGUACACAGUUAAUAUUGAAUGCCGUUAUGUAUCAUUGCUUAGCUAAAUACUUAAAUUGCAUGUGCUUGAGUCUGCUGUCAACCCAGCCUGAUCUCAUAGACUAGACGUAACAUAGUAAACGUAUAUCUGGGUAAUUCAAAUUAGUAUGAUAAGUUUGGUAUGCUUACAUAAGACCAGGGGGGAAAGUAAGGUGGUCUGGUAUGAUGUCCCUGAAAAUUAAUAGUGGGGGUACACCUUACCGGUAAAACAUGAGCAUAUUACAAUUGAUACAUGCCCCCCAAAAUAGGCUACUACACCAUUAUUGAACAUUACUGUAUGUCAGCUAGAGGUCGACCGAUUAAUCGGAAUGGCCAAUUAAUUAGGGCCGAGUUCAAGUUUUCAUAACAAUCGGAAAUCGGUAUUUUUGGACACCGAUUUGGCCGAUUUUUUUUUCUUUAUUAUUAUAAUUGUUUAUUUUUUGACACCUUUAUUUAAUCUUUAUUUAACUAGGCAAGUCAGUUAAGAACAGAUUCUUAUUUUCAAUGACGGCCUAGGAACGGUGGGUUAACUGCCUCGUUCAGGGGUUGAACGACAAAUUUUUACCUUGUCAGCUCGGGGGAUUCAAUCUUGCAACCUUACAGUUAACUAGUCCAACGCUCUAACCACCUGAUUACAUUGCACUCCACGAGGAGCCUGCCUGUUACUCAAAUGCAGUAAAAGCCAAGGUCGUAGGUGAAAUGCAGCAGAACGUAUGUGCCAGGAGGACCUCUCUCUUCACUGUAAAUGGGCAGGCUUGUGGGGCAUCUGCUGACCACCAGCUCCCAUUCAGGUGCCCUCGGUGUGGGGAGCAUAAGAGGUUCCGUAGUCUGGCCUCCUUGAGAGCCCACCUGGAAUACAGCCACAGCUACUACCACACCAUGCACGAGCUGAGCCUUCUGACCCUCAGGGGGCAUUCUCACCCAGAGAGAGCCCUGCACGGACGCUCCCUGAGUGACACACAAGAGGUCACUAUCUGCAUAGAGAGGUGUCGUAUGCCUAGUGUGGGGACACAGGCAGCUGAGGAGAUAAAGACUGAGAAUGAAGAGGAGGAUGAUGAGGAGGAAGAACCCAGUAAAGAUGGUCUCAAAAUCCACAAGUCCAGCCCUGGGACAGAUCAUAUCCCUUCCCCCUUUCCAUUUGAUGAACCUCCAGACCCAGGCAGCAAGCUUGAGGUAGUGUUUCCAGAGCGGAAUGUCUGUACCGAGGCAAUGUCGCUCCGGCGCAGGCUGGCCAAGGUCCUACGGGCGGUGGACAGCACCAUGCAGAGGAGGCUGCACAGGGUCAGCACGGAGCUUGCCAAGACGGACACAGAGCUGCUGUGUGAGCGUGCCCUCUCCCAGCACCUGGCGCAGGAGAGGCAGGAGGUACAGGAGAAGGAGAGGGCGCUGAGCGGGCAGGUGGACGUAGCCGUGAUGGUGAUUGCCACGCUGAAGAAGCAGCUGAAGGAGUCAGAGUACGAGCUGGAGAGGCGAGAACAAGAAGUCAUCACCAUUCAGAAUUUCCUGCAGGCUGCCACCCAUCAUGAGAUAUGUGGUAAAGUUCGGAUCCAACAUUUCAUUGAGAACCUGCUCAAACGCAUCGCCCUGGCUGAGAGGUUACUGGAGUACUAUCAGAGCUCCCCCAGUCCACCAAACUACACAGAUUACAUGCGCCAGACAGCUGAAAACAGACCUCAUAGAAUCCCCAAAAGCAGGUCAGCGGGUUGUCAGCUGUCACAGGCCUGUCCCCAGGAAGGUAGAACGCACCGCUCCCAGUUAGGGCGGAAAGUGGGCCACUCUGGCUACUUCAGAACUGAUCGCAGAGAUGAAGUCUUGACCCAGUGCAGCAGAUCAGCUGGAUUUGUGGAAUAGGUAACCUGACCAGGGCCGACAAAUGAAUGUAUAUAGGAUAUGUAUUUACUCAAUGUAUAGCUAAUACUGAGCAGGGUUGCAUCAAAGUCUUUAUGUCCAUGUGUACGCUGGUUUUUGCUCCAUUCUCAAAUCUUAUUUUGUCACAUGCUUCGUAAACAACAGGUGUAGGCUAACAGUGCAUUGCUUACUUAUGGGCCCUUCCCAAAAAUGCAGAGGAAAAAAAAGAGAAAUAAUAGAAAAAUGUAUUAAUACACAAUGAGUAACAAUAACUUGGCUAUAUACACGGGGUACCAGUACUGGGUCUAUUUCCAAGGGUACAAUGUAAUUGAUGUAGAUAUGUACAUAUAGGUAUGGAUAAAGUGUCUACGCAACAGGAUAGAUGAUAAACGGUAGCAGAGGUGUAUGUGAUGAGCGCAAAAAGGAUCAAUGCAAAUAAUCAAUAGCUACCUGGACUAACUAUUUAACUAACUAUUUAGCUGUCUUAUGGUUUGGGUUAGAAGUUGUUCAGGGUCCUGUUGGUUCCAGACUUGCCGUGUGGUAGCAGAGAAAACAAUCUGACUUGGGUGGCUGGAGUCUAUGACAAUUGUUAGGGCCUUCCUCUAACACCGCCUGGUAUAGAGGUUCUAGAUGGCAGGGAGGUCGGCCCCAGUGAUGUACUGGGAUGUACGCACUACCCUCUGUAUCGCUUUGUGGUCAGAUGCCAAGCAGUUGCCAUACCAAGCAGUGAUGCAGCCAGUCAAGAUGCUCUCAAUGGUGCAGCUGUAGAACUUUUUGAGGGUCUGAGGGCCCUUGCCGAAUCUUUUCAGCCUCCUGAGGGGGAAGAGGUGUUGUCUUGCCUUCUUCACGACUGUGUUGGUGUGUAUGGACCAUGAUAAUUCCUUAGUGAUGUGGACACCGAGGAACUUGAAGCUCUUGGCCCGCUAGGUUGUCUCAUCGUUGUCGGUGAUCAGGUCAACCACUGUCGUGUCAUCAGCAAACUUAAUAUUGGAGUUGGGCGCGGCCACGUAGUCGUGGGUGAACAGGGAGUACAGGAGGGGACUAAACAUGCACCCCUGAGUGGCCCCUGUAUUGAGGGUCAGCAUGGCAGAUGUGUUGUUGCCUACCCUCACCACCUGGGGGUGGCCCGUCAGGAAGUCAAUCCAGUUGCAGGGGGAGGUGUUCAGUCCCAGGGACCUGAGCUUAGUGAUGAGCUUGGAGGGUUCUAUGGUGUUGUCCGCUGAUCUGUAGUCAAUGAAGUCUCUGUCCUAGAGGCUACUACUGUCCUAGUUGCAACUUUUGAAGUACUGUAGUAACUUGAUGGAUAGGUAUUUCUGAUCCUUAUUGUUUUUCUUUUACUUAGUAUUAAGUCAUACUGUUGAUUAGUGUCGAUCUAAGAAAACACAAUGUUUAAAAACAAUGUUUUUACUAGAUGGUGGAAUUGUUAAAAACCAGCAUACUAUGGCCUCCAAGGGCACAAAACAGCUGAUACAAAGUAGUAUUUUAUUCCAGCCCAGGUAUACUGCGCUUCUGCACCUAACCGUAUAUAUUAGUGUAAUUAAAUGAUUCACAAAUCAUAUAGUGUACAUUAGGCCUAGGUUUGUGAACUGAGGAACAGUAGUGAGUUCCAGUAGACGUCUAUGAAAUGAAAACAUCCUGGCGCCUGAGAAUGCAGCUGUGUCUGACAAGCACAGAGCCUAAAGCUGUGCUCGUCAACAACAGGAUGAUCAUGCUUGCCAUGUCAUAUUUCAUAACAGGCGUUAAGGUUCCAUAUCACGUUCUUCUUUUUUAAUAUACAGAGAUGCAUACUUUGAAUUAAAGGCCUGAGAUUUUUUCCAUCAACCAAAACACUUUGAUCUGGUAGGUCAGAGGCAGUUUUUUGUUUCAGGCCUAACAAGCACGCAUAUUAAAAAAAAAAAAAAAAAAAUUUUAAAUUGAGGUGUGAAGGGUCAUUCUUUCUCGUGUAAAAAUAAAUGGAAACUAGAUGAAUGAAGCAAAAUAUAAAUUUGGUAUCACUUUACUUGACACCCAGUGUCAUAACACAGUCAUAAUGUCAUAAAAGCUGACAUAACUUGUCAUAAUGUGGUCAUAACACUGUCAUGACCCAUAUAUUUACACCUGUUGUGACAUAUUGCGUUAUUCAAAUUAGUUUUAACCUGCCAAGAAGUUUCCUUUAGUUUGAAAGUUUGUUUCUUAAAUCCUUUGUUGUUAUAAAUUCUUUACAGUCAUGUUUUUUCAUCAAAUACACUUUGACAAUUUCAUGAAGCAUUAUGUGCAUCCUGUGUCACUUUACUUGGACUAAGAAAACACACUUUAUGACACUGUCAAAAAGCAUUAUGACCAUCAAACUCAUAUAAGCCAGAUAGGCCUAUCACGUACAUUACCUUAUAUCAGGCAUCAGUCAAAACGUAGGUGUCUUGUCCUGCCCCUGAAAUCUGCUCCUGCAUCCAUCCCAGUCAUCAUCAACAGAGCAUUGUUGUAGGUGCAUGUCUGACAUCAAUGUGUGCGCAAUUACAAUGAUCAUUUUGAUAUGUUCAAUUAAAAAACACACAUAUAUACUGUUGACAUGUAUGCUAGGGUGUAAUGGAAUGUUUUGCCUUAUGUGGUGGGUUUUGACACUUAUGUAGGUGUCAUAACUAGCUAUAAAAUAACGCAAUAUACAGUGCAUUCAGAAACUAUUCAGACCCCUUGACUUUUUCCAUAUUUUGUCACUUUACAGCCUUAUUCUGGGGUAUUGUGAGUAGAUAGAUGAGGAAAACAUGUAAUCAAUUUUAGAAUAAGGCUGUAACGUAAACUUUUAGGGAAAAGUCAAGUGGUCUGAAUACUUUCCGAAUGCACUGUAUGUUACAACAGGUCUAAAUAUGUCAUGACAGUGUUAUGACAUGGUUAUGAUCGUGUUAUGACACUGGGUGUCAAGUAAAAUGUUAGUGUACAUUUGAAUGAAAUCCUGUUUUAUGAAAUCAUGCAUCCUAAUUUGCUGUAAUGUAGUAGUAUCUAUGUUUACAAGUCGUUGUACUCCAAGCCAUGAGACUAUAUUAGAAAGAAAUCAAAAUAAAACAUAUCUCUUUGGUAUUUGUUGUAAUUGUAUGUUUUGUUAAUGGUGUUGAUAUUUGUAUACAGCUACUGGAUGUCUCAAAGUGAAAUAUAGUUUUAUGGGGAAAUGCAUGAAUGCAAUGUAGCAAAUGCAUGAAUAUAUCCAAUCUUUUUAUAGUUACUGUUAUUUACAUGGUGCUGCUGUAUAGACCAUGGUUGAAGUCUAAAUUCUGAAAAAUAAUUUUAUUUUCAAAAUGGAACUCCUGAAUUGACAUAGCUGUAUAGUUACAUUUACGUUUAGAGGCGAAAGAAACGCACACCUAUUUAGGCAAGAUGCUGGCUAGCGGAGUAGAACACUUGAAAAUUAAAGGACACUCUAGGAGCUCAGAUGCAAUAAUUUAAUAACCAACGUUUCGACAGCCAAGCUGUCUUCAUCAGGGUAUAAUGACAAACACUGCGGGAUGACUCGUUUAUAUAGUGUCAAAGGACACACAGGUGUCUAUAAUCAUGGACGGGUGUGGCCUGAUAUCAAUGGUUAAUUCUCAGAUAUAAAGAUACCAAAACAUGAAUGGAUAGCAUAGGAUCAUAGAUACAAUUUGGCUACAUUUCUGUAAUUUAGCAAACGUUCUUUUUUGAAAGUAAUUUGCAUUAGGUGCAUAGCUAUUGUCUAUUGUGAGAGCAUGCUCCUUAUAUAGCAAAUGCAUUAUGUACUUUUGUAGCAGAACAAGGUAUAUUUUAAUGGCAACAGAGUUGCACAAUUGAGUAAAGAGCACUUUGGGGCUUAUGGGUCUCCUAAGGAGAUUGUUGCUAGCACUAGACAAUCAGAAAGAGACAGGAGGAUUCAGGUAUUGAAUAUGACCAGAGAUAAAGUUAGUUUAAUUAUGUGUUACUGUUAUAUUUCAAGUCUGGUCUCCCUGGUUUAUGUUUGCAGGUAGGUGGGUUUAUUUGCAAGAAUAUUAUCUUGUUUUGUGCCUUCACUUGAAACACUGUAGUCUAACACUGUGCAAAAUGCAAUACUGUGAACAAUUAUACUACUUUUGUUUAAACUUGAUGGUUUGAUGUGUGACAUGAAGAUUAAAGAACAAAUUACUCAAA